AUGCAGAACAUUCAACGCAAAAGGUGGAGUGAGUCUAAGUCUUGGUUCUUCGAAGUCGUCUUCUUCAUCUUCAAGUCCUUUGUACCUUCCACCUUCACACAACAAUGACACAAUGCCAAUCAACCAUUCCCCGCCACCGCCCUCCACUGUCUACUCCAUCCGCCGCUCCCUCUCCGACAUCCGCACUCCGCCGCCCGACCACCGCCCCUUUGACAACCCCCGCCGCUUCACUGCCUUCGCCCACCGCCUCUCCCACCUCCUCCUCCUCCCGCUUCCGCACUCUCCGCCCGUUAACACCGCCCUCACGGGAAUCUCCGGCGAGCUCUCCAAGGCCUCCGAAACCGUCUCCGUCUACAACAAUGGUAGCAAAAUUCUGGUUCUCAUUAACUGCAAAUCACUCUGUUCCUCUCUCCAAGAUCGCUCCGUCUCCAUCGGCGGCUGGCUCUCCCUCCUCGCCUCCGCUCUCCCCGAUGCCGACGACGACGACCUCCGCAAGAAGGUUUCCGAUCUCUCCAGAGACAUGAAGCUCGUGCAGUUCAGAGUCACAGAGAACGAAGAGAGAGUUUGGUGCACGCUGGAGAAGGAAGGGGAAGGGAGAGAGACUAGUAAAGUGGUGCAGAGUGGCAUUGUCAUGGAUUUGGCUCGUGCUUUGGGGUUUGACCCUGGUGAUCAUGCUGAGUUUUGUAACCAGGUGAAGUUCUUCAAGGAUGAUCCUUUUAGAUCCAAUUCGGUGUCAGAGAGAAGGAUUUUGUUGUUCUUAGAGAGGAUUCUUAGUAACUGGUCUGCGGAGCCUGCCACUGUGACCCCCAAUUGGGACUUUGAAAUUGUUGAAGAUGAUGUUGUUGCUCCUGUUUUUCCAUUUAAGAGUUUCCUCUGCCCCUUGACCAAGGAAGUCAUGAGGGACCCUGUGGUUGUUAUGGAAUCCUUUCAGAGCUAUGAAAGGACUGCCAUUGAAUACUGGUUUGAUCAGUGUAUCCAGGAUGGCCGAGAUCCCACUUGUCCGGUUACCGGAGCUGUUCUUAAGUCCUUGGAGCUGAAGCCCAACAUUGGGUUGGCUGGGGCAAUUGAAGAGUGGGUUGGCAGGGUUGUUGAGCAUCAAAUCAAAUCUGCAGUGGUGUAUCUGAGUGAGGAACCCUUGUCUGUUGAUCAUGUUGAGUGUGCUCUGGAUCAUGUUUAUAAGGUUUCUGAAGAGCACCCCAGUAGCAGAUAUGUAAUCAGGAAUGCUGGUGUUGUGCUGUUAAUAGUGACUGUGCUCAGUAAUAAUUCUAAAACUAUUGGAUCGCGUUUGAGAAGCAAAGCUCUAAUGACGUUACUUAGUAUGGCCAAAGAUGAAGAAAGCAGGAAAAUAAUGCUUGCACGAGGCAUCACUAAAUUGGCUGUAAAUAGUCUUAUUGGGAGCUCUGAGAAGGAGAGAGAAUAUGCUGUCAAGUUAUUACUAGAAUUCUGCAGUGACGAAGAUUGUUGCAUAAGAAUUGCAUCAGAAAAAGGUGCAUUAGUUCUUCUCUCAAGCAUAGCAGGAAAUCUGGAGUAUCCAUCCUUGUCCAAUUUAGCUGAGGAAGUCUUAAGGCAGAUGGAGAGGGUAGAGGAUAAUGUUCAUUGUUUGGCAGCAGCUGGAAGAUUUGAACCAUUAAUUUCACGGUUACAUGAUAGUUCUGAUAGUGUAAAGAUAGAGAUGGCUUCUCUGGUGGGAAGGAUGACCUUGACAAAUAGUUGUAAAGAACAAAUUGCAAGGCAAGGUGCCAGAGUAUUUGUUGAACUUCUGUCUAAACCAGAAGGAAGGGAACCAAGUUUGCAAGCAUUAUAUAACUUGUCAGGACUGGAUGACAAUGCAACCGUCCUUGUUGAGUCUUCAGUCCUUCCAUCUCUCGUAGAGGUUCUAUUUGAUGAUCAGGAUCCUUCAUAUGAGCUAAAGUCAUUAGCUGCUUCAACAAUUGCAAAUAUUGUAUCUAAGCCAGGGCGUUGGGAAUUAGCAUCUGCGGACAAGAAUGGGAACCUAAUGCAGUCAGAAAAUAUUGUUUUCAAACUUUUGGAGCUUUUAAAUUGCUUGUCUUCUCAGUGUCAAGUGACCGUUCUUCGCAUUCUUUGUGGCAUUACAUCAUCUCCUCAGGCAUCAGAGUUAGUAGCAAGUCUUAUCAUGUCUGAGGGUGGCUUUAGAGUGAUUAUACCAUUUCUUCAACACCCAGAAGUUGAACACAGAGUAUUUGCUUUUAAGCUUACAAGAUUACUAUCUGAAUGGUUUAGUCAAGAUAUUGCAAAUGAGCUAAGACUUUCAAACAAACUUAUGAUGCUUCAAGAAAAAAUGUUCGAUAACCAAUCUACAAAUGAUGAGAGAUCAGAUGCCGCACAGAUACUAGCCAAUCUUUCCCUCUCAGAAGGUGAAGUACAGACACUUUUAGGAGAUGAUUUUGUGGCAUGGACUGCUAACACUCUUAAGAACCAGCGGCGUGUUUCCAAUGCAAGGUUUUCACAUACUGCAUCAGGCAUGCAGGAAGGUCUUAUUGGUCUCUUGCUUCACAUCACUAGGAAUCUUGAUCAACAAACUCUUAACAUAGUUAGAGAAAAUCGUCUUAUGACCAUUUUCUGUGAGCAGCUGGAUUAUACUUCGAAACCAAAAGUAAAACGACUUGCUGCCAUUGGAUUGAAAAACUUAUCAGAAUUUGGAAGAUCAGUUACUGCUAGGGACUCUGAAUCACCCUCUUCUAGUAGAUUCUGUUCUUCCCUUGUGCUCAUGUGUGGGAGAGCCUCUAGUCAACCUUCCACAUGUCCCAUUCACAACAGACCCUGCGAGGAAGAUAGUCAGUUGUGCCUGCUCAAGAGCAACUGUGUCAAGCCCCUGGUUGAUACCCUUAAUGGCAAUGACACUGAUGUUCAACUUGCUGCAGUGGAUGCACUAUCUACUCUAGUAUCAGAUUACACAUCUCACAGUUUCAAAAGAGUUGUUGAUGAGUUUGAGAAACUGGGUGCAAUUGAUUCUCUGAUCACUCUUUCUACAGAGGCUAGAUCUGAGAAGCUUCAGGAGAAGACAAUUUGGAUAAUAGAAAAGAUACUGAGAGUGGAAAACCUCAGCAACCGGCAUGCACUCAAUCAGUCUCUCGUGAGAGGUUUGGUUGAGGCGUUUAAGCAUGGGAAUACCAACACAAGGAAACAUGCUCAAGAUGCUCUGACCCUCCUAAAGCAGUUAUCAGCGGUUAGUGGAAAGACAUCAAGUCAAACUCGAGCUCAGAGAUAAAAAAAAAAAAUUAUACUCAUUCUAAUAUUGUAUAAUUAAAUAACAGUAACUUCUUGUUUGUAUAGAGUCAGAUGAGUUAAUUGGCAAGAAUAAUUGUACACAUCAACCAUUUAGUGUCAUUAUAAGGUCACAAUACACCUUUGUGUAAACAUUCGUUUUGCAAGAAGAUACCGUAGCAAGGAAGAAUAAUUUUAAUUUUUCUAAUGUAGUGGCAAGGAAGAAAUUGAACAAGAUGUGUUUGCCAUGACACACAACCGCGUAAGAUCAUGAUAAAUGUGGUACUCUUGUGUACAAAGCAAUUCAAGCAAUUAAGUUGAUUAGAUCGUCUU